GAGAUUUGAAUGUAGUCCAAGUGUAAGUAUCCAACCGCUAGAGGGCGCUAGUCAAUGUUGUUCCUUCUUUUUCCUGUAAUGAAUGCAGCGGGGCUAGAGGUCAGAGUUGAAUGUUUGACAGAAAGCUGAAUAUGGAUUCUAUAUUCCAUGAGAAACAAGAGGGCUCUCUGUGUGCCCAACACUGUCUCAACAACCUCCUGCAGGGUGAGUAUUUCACUCCUGUGGAUUUGUCCUCCAUUGCUCAUCAGCUUGAUGAAGAGGAGAGAAUGAGGAUGGCCGAGGGUGGUAUGGCCAGUGAGGAGUAUAGGACCUUUUUACAGCAACCAUCUGGGAACAUGGACGACAGUGGGUUCUUUUCAAUUCAAGUCAUUAGCAACGCUCUGAGAGUUUGGGGCUUGGAGAUAAUCCUCUUCAACAGCCGAGAGUACCAGAGUCUGAUGAUUAAUCCAAUAAAUGAGAAAGCCUUUAUUUGCAACUACAAAGAGCACUGGUUUACUAUACGCAAACUUGGACAACAGUGGUUUAAUCUGAACUCACUGUUGACUGGACCAGAGCUGAUAUCAGACACCUAUCUAGCGCUUUUCCUGGCCCAGUUACAACAAGAAGGUUAUUCCAUAUUUGUGAUCCGGGGAAACCUCCCUGAGUGUGAAGCAGAGCAGAUCCUUGGGAUCAUGAGAGUGCAGCAGCAGCAGAGGCCAAGGCUUAUCGGAGAGGAGGAGGCCCAGACAAGUGCAGGCAGGUCAGCAACUUUGGCCCAGACAGAAAUGGGCUUUGGUGUGGAGGAUGAAGUUGCAGAUGAAGAUGAAGAGCUGAAGAGAGCGCUGGCACUCAGCCGACAGGAUAUAGAUGUGGAAGAUGAAGAAGCUGAUCUUCGCAGGGCCAUACAGCUCAGCAUGCAAGGAGCUGUAAUGAGCAACAAGUCCUCAGAGUCUGAAGCAGGAAAUGUGAAAUUGGGGAGUCAGGUAGGAAGUGCUGCAGGAGGACAAAGAGAAGGUCAGAAUGAGACACUGACAGCCGAGGAACUGCGAAAGAGAAGACAAGCUUAUUUUGAUCGGCAGCAGCAACAAGCUCAGACAAACAUUCCUCAACAACCAGACACAAAAUCAACAGGUGGCUCAGGAUCAGUUAAAACUGGGGAGGAGGACCAACAACAAAAGCCUGGCCAGUGAAGAAGGUGUGAAAGGUUUGCCUAUGUUGUUUACCAGCUGCCUGGAUCAGCAACCCCGUACAGGGGUAGCUUUGCUCCUUCUUCUAACCUUCUGCACAUGCGAACAUAAGGACAGUCAGAAGGCUGACGCAUUUUCCCCUGGUUAGUUCGCUGACGGGCCAUAGAGAAGAGAACAACAACAAAGGAAAGGCAGCAGUUAGUCUGAUCUAACUCACUGAGGCACUGAUGCUGGGAAAAGGGUGACCACAGAACUCAUGAUGCAGUUAAUCCAAGUUUGCAAUUGCCUUUCUACCAUGGCGCCUUCUAUUUCUAUUGUAUACUCUUUUUUUUAUUAUGGUUUUUCUUCUGGAAGAGGUGGGAAGGAAUAUUCAGCGCACAGAGGGUGUGUUUAAAUGACGUGAUGAAUACAUUCAGAGAUGAGUGUUCGAACCAUAGAUAAAAGUUUGAUGGAUGGAUGACAGAGCCUCCCUCAUUUAUAUUGGACUUGAGUUUGUAGGAUGUAAAUGAUUGCAGCGCUUGCCCCACCAGAACACCAUUGUAGUUUUGAAAGCAUUUCUUGUUGCAACACAUGUUGAUCAUUUAUUCCUGACAUCAUCAAUCAUUUUACUGGUGCAUAUGUAAGAGUAAACUCCUAAGGUAUUUAGACUACAACACAUUUUUGAUGUUGUGGCUUUGAUUUUAUCUAUAAGCAUCUAAGUUGGCAUAGUGAGUAAUCUUAAGAUUACACCGCUCACAAACACUUAAUUUAUGGGUGUUUAGUCCACUUUAGAUGGACAGUGAAGAACAUAAUUCUACAGAGCUAUUUCCUGAAUCUACAAUACUUUUUGACUGACGCAUAGUUUUCAGAUCUUGUUGACAUGUUGACAAGUUGACAUGUUAUGGGGAACAAAUAAGUAAUCUGUAAACACCAUAAAAAUGCACCUAAAAGAUAAAUGCAUUUGUUCAUUUUUCCAGAACAGUAUGAACGCCUGCAACCAAAAAGAGUCUGACAUGUCCAGCCAGCCCAUGUCUUCAGUAUUGGUCAUGAACCGUUUUGGGAAUUUAUUAUAAAGAACACAAACAGCUGACAGUUUUAACAUCCAAUGUUACAGUCCCUGAAAUGCUUGUUUAAUUGCACUGAUUUGAUUUAUCCUGUAUUCCAAUUAUACAUAUAGCAAUGGUGUACACGUUAGUUGUACAAACUAUAUUAGAUUGCACUGAUGUUGCUGUGGAGUAACUAAUGAAAGGCACUGGCUGAUUGAUGACCUUCCAAAAUAACAGUAAAAUACUGCAAAUGAAGGUGACUAUGAUUUAACUUCACACUUUAUAUAAUUUGAAGUCCAAAGACAGAAAGACACUUUGAAGUGUUCUUUUUUGUUUGUUUGUUUUCUUGCAUUUGAUCCUGAUCAUAAGUUUUUUAAGAUCUCUCAUUUCCCUCAACACGUUGCUGUUUAGUCCUUAAAAUCCAAAUUCUGCUUGCAACACACAAUGUUGAUGAAUAGACCACAUUACAGCAUUAAAACAGUGAAAAUUGUUUACAGUCAUUAUGUUUUCGCGAACUGAUGUUCUGCAUGGUUCCACCAAUACUUGGAUGUCAUGCAAGUUUGACUUCUUGUGCUGAAUGACUCCUCAGUCGUAUCAAGAACCCAAACACAAUCUGAGAGCUACCAUGUUUCCAUUAUCGUGUUUGUUUCCUUUGGAUCGCUGGGGCUUUUUUUCUUUAUUUACAACACACUUAUGAAAAAGUAUGAAAUGUUUCUUGCAGGGUUUUCAUCAUUAGAUUAUUUUUCACUCACUACAUUCUUAACGUAAAUACUCCUCGUUGUUGCAUUUCAUUUAAUGUAUUAUUUCUUGUUCCAGGAUUAAAGUGAUAUUCACUCCUC